AUGAGGUCCUCUUCAUAUCGAUACAGCGGAGCAGCGCGAGAGCUAUUCGCUUCGGCGGCUCAUCCGAAGGCGCCUGUCGCUGGGUCAUCACGUCCACUUCACUCGUCGACUGCCAUCGCAGGUUCCAAAACAUCCGCGACCAGCAUCGCAAACAAGAGAAACGCACUGGCGCAGAUUCGAGAUUCGACUGCGUACGUUGCGCGCUAUCGCACUCUCGGCGCAUCGGCACAUCCUUUGCUCUCGUCAUCAUCCACCAAAGCCAGCAGCUCAACGCCACCGGAAGCAUCAUCAUCCUCUACCGCCCCAACAAGCAGUCACGCUGGUAUCAGCACCACACUCAACAAGCAAUCAAGCAGCACCAUCCUCGACACCUCUGGACCAGCCGCCCUCUCAGCAUCCUCUUCUGUACGCUCCAAAUCCACCAACGCAUCUGAACAGCUUGAUGACACAUGGGCUUUUGGUGGUGGAGCCAAGAGUCAGGGCGGUCCUGUCACAUCCAGCUCAGAUGUGGGGCCAAGCACAUCCAAAGCAAAGGGAUCAACUGCCCCCAUCGUCAUGGGCAACGCAGGCAAAGGUGCUAUUCCCAACUAUGGCAAACGAAGAAUGAACACUAUCCACGUCAAAGGUCCAGCUGUCUCAUCCAAGCCAGCGGCAACAACUGCAGGAGCAGGAGCACCAACAGACCAAGUGCUCGCCCAUCGCUACCAGCACCGCUACUCUCCCUCGACACGCAGCGAGCAGCCGCUACCUCAGCACACUUAUUUUUCAUCCCCUUCGUCCAGCUUCAAUGCAUCUUCCUUUGUCGCUCCUGGCACACAACCUCCUCUCGCAGGCACCACAACAGCAGGUGUCGGUCAAGGUCAUCCCGGAAUUGGUAUAGUCCGUAAGAAGUCAGCACUGAUCUUCCCCGGUCAAGGCUCGCAGUACGUCGCUAUGUCCAAAGACCUCUACAAGGCUUUCCGUUCAGCACGCUCAAUCUGGCAUCGGGCGGAAGAGGCUCUCAUCGCAACACCUGGCAUUCACUCGCAUCACUUCAUUCAAGGCGAGCGUGCAGAAAGUGCAGAGCAGCGUGGGCUCUUCGAAGCUGAGCUCGCAAAGACGCGGCAUCUCGACCCCAAGCACGGAUUACUUGCCAGCGGUACAGCCGUUGCAAGGAGUCGUAGAGGCUGGUUGCGAGAUCUAGUCUUCUCAGGUGACCAGCUCGAGCUGACUCGGGCUGAGAACGCACAGCCUGCUAUCCUGACCUGCACGCUAGCAUUCCUGCAGGUAUUGCGGAAAGAGUUCCACCUUGAUCUGGUGCAGGAUCAUGUGCAAUGGGCAUCAGGGCAUGGCUCAGGCGUAUAUGCUGCGCUCGUAGGUUCCGGUGCGAUGGACUUGCACGACGCUGUGCGACUCUUGCGUCACCGUGGGCUGGUAGCAUCGCACUACACCGCCAAUCAUCCUCUUCUCUUCCCACCAGGCUGCAAGAAGCCUGAGAGCAUUUACGAGACCUGGGCGUUCGCCAAUGCAGGUAGCGGCAAAGGAGCCGACCUGCUCUGCGACGAAGACGCCGCUUUCUCUAGCAGCAACCCUGGCCAAACCAAAGCACAGCCCGGCUGGAAACGCACCCAAAUGUCCGGCGUCGUCGUUAGGCCAGGCAAGCUCAACUCGGUCAUCAAAGAAGUCGAAUCGGUAGCAGAAGACAUUCGCAAUGGCAAAAUCCCCUCCGUCGCACGCGAUGAAGUUGUCGAGGUGGCAAACAUCAACAGUCAGCUUCAGAUCGUUCUUUCGGGUACCCGAGUCGGUGUUUCGUACUGUUGCGACAGGCUGAGGUCCAAAAACCUUGGUGCUCGUGCAGUGAAUCUUCCUGUUAGUGGCGCGUACCACACCAGUCUGAUGUUGGAGGCGUCCCACUUUUUGCGUCCUGCGGUGAAGUAUAUGCCGCUGUCGGAUCCGGAAGGGUUUUCGCUGGUUUCGUCGAAAGAUGGUCGGGUGGUGCCGAAUGUGGCAGCGAUAAGGGAGGACUUGGCAGGGGCAUUUGCGAAGCCGGUACAUUGGUUGAACUCGAUCGAUACACUCUUGGCGCAGGGUGUGGAGAGGUUCAUCUGUUUAGGACCCGGAAGAGCUUGUGCGCAUCUGUUGAGUAAAGAGCUGGCGUAUAGGGAUAAGCAGAAGGAGAUGAGAGGAGAUAAGAGUGAGUCCGGGUAUGAGGUGUGGUCGUUGGCUACGGUGGAGGAUGUUGAGCAGCUGGCGGAGGCACUGGAGUGUGUCGCUGACGAUACCCCGCAUCGUAGCGAAGUCAAAGUGACGCUUGCUCGCCAAUGGGAUGAAGUGCAAUCGUCACGCGGCGUAGCCUUUCGUUUAGAGCAAAGACCGCAGAUCAAUAGAAAGCAAUGGCAUUGA